AGUGCGUUAAUUUGCUACCCAGUACAGUAGGUGGCGAAAAUGCUCAAAAUGAGUUGUUAGCCACUAAACAAGAAGAAGAAGGUACUUCCUAGUACUGCCAGUUGGCAACAUUUUUUGAACCUUUGUUAUGAGAACAAGGAUAAUGCCUUAAAGCUAGAUUAGAUAAAGUGUCUGGAGUAGAUGCAUAUACGGUAAAGAUUAUAUAGGUAAGCAAUAAUCGAUAACUGCGAAAUGGCGGAAUCUCCAGACAGCCGCAGUCUUGUGGCUGCGUCCUCAUUGCUGAAUGUAAUGGAAAUAGAGGCGAUUGAUGAUAAAGAGUUUGACAUCCCCCAAGUGGACACGCCUCCCACUCUAGAGAGCAUACUAAAUGAGCCUGAGGAUGAGGAUGAGCCAUUCAUUCUGGAGGAUACAUGUCUUGUCAACACAGAGAAUAUUGAUGCCUACUCUUGUGAGACCUCCUCUCUGGCAAGCUCUGACAGUGGAGACCGUAGUCAUUUUAAAAGGAGGAGGAAAGUAGUGGAAACUAAUGCAAUAGAACAUGGAUUUGUUUUAAGACACAGUGUGUUGAAAGGAAUCUCAGCCCAGAUAGUGUCUGCUGCAGAUAAAGUUGAUUCUGGCCUGCCAACAGCAAUCACAAUUUCCAGUGUGAUUGCAGUAGGAACAUCACAUGGUCUGGCCUUAGUAUUCGAUCAGAAUCAGGCCCUGCGCUUAUGUUUGGGAACCACAGCACUUGGAGCGGAGUAUGGGGCAGUCUCAGCUCUCAGUAUUAAUCAUGACUGUACAAGACUUCUGUGUGGCUUUGCAAAAGGACAGAUCACUAUGUGGGAUUUGGCCAAUGGAAAGCUUCUGCGCACUAUUACAGAUGCCCACCCACCUGGUACUGCCAUACUACAUGUGAAGUUCACAGACCUCCCAACGCUUGCCGUGUGUAAUGACAGUGGUGGAUCAGUGUUUGAACUGUCUUUCAGGAGGGUGAUGGGAAUGAGGACAUGUGAAUCGAGGUGUUUAUUCAGUGGUUCUAAAGGGGAAGUUUGCUGUGUUGAGCCUCUUCAUGCUGGACCUGAACUGAAGCACCAUCCAGUCACACAGUAUUCUCUACUGGCUUUGGCUUCACUCACUAAGAUUCUGCUGUUAGGACUAAGGCCUUCACUUAAAGUCUGGCUGACUUUUCCCUAUGGCAAGAUACAGAUGGAUCCUACCAGUGUCCCCUUGUUAGCGUGGCAGUUUGUUGCAGUACAGAAAACAAUCAACCCCAUUCUGGCUUUCUGUAGAGGAGACACCAUCCAUUUUCUGCUGGUUAAAAAAGAUGAGUCUGGGACUAUCCAUGUCAUCAAACAGAGGCAGUUUCAACUCAACUGUGAUCCUAUUAGUUUAAGCUGGAUAAAUUCCCAUACACUUGUAUUAAUGGACAGCAGAGAAAAGCUGCGUGUAGUGGACAGGCCCAGUCAGGAGGAACUGGAGGUGGUGGACAUGACUGAGCUGCAACUGGUCUAUAACAGCAGCAAUUUCAAAUCCCUUGCUACUGGUGGAAAUGUCAGCCAAGCACUGGCCCUGGUUGGAGAGAGAGCAUGUUUCCAGUCUGUUAGCAGCUAUUCAGGCCAGGUUAUUUAUCUGGGAACAAAGUCCGUGCACAUCAUGAUCUUGAGGAACUGGCGUGAGCGUGUAGACCAUCUGCUGAAGCAGGAGAAAUGCAUAGAGGCUCUUUCACUUGCCUGGUCUUUCCAUGAGGGAACUGCUAAAGCUGUGCUGGGUCUGUAUGAAGACCCUGCUAAAAGAAAAUGUGUAGUUGCUGACAAGAUGGUGGAGAUUUUAUUACAGUAUGUAAAUCAUUCUCUGAAAAAGUGUCCAGAGCAGGGGAAGAUUCAGGUCAUGGAGCAUCACUUCCAGGACAUGGUCCCAGUCAUGGUGGAUUACUGUAUACUUUUGCAGAGAAUGGACCUACUGUUUAAUGAAAUUUACCCUCGGCUGGUGGAGAACUCUGUUGCCAGGGGUGUGUUUUUGGAGAGUCUGGAGCCAUACAUUUUAAAUGAAAGGAUUGGCUGUCUCACUGCACCUGUCAUGAGAGACCUUCUCAGCUAUUUCCACGAAAAUGGCAUGAUGGAGAGUGUGGAGGGAUGCCUUGUCCAUAUGGACAUCACAAACCUGGAUAUAAAACAGGUAGUGAAGAUGUGCUGGGAUAACCAGCUGUAUGAUGCCAUGAUCUAUGUUUUCAACAGUGGCAUAAAUGAUUAUGUCAGUCCCAUGGAGAAACUCUUCCAGGCAAUUUGUCCUCCUCUGCAUGAAGGAAAGCCUCUCACAGAUGAGCAUGUUGUAAUAGGAAAUAAACUGCUGGUAUACAUCAGCUGCUGUCUAGCAGGACGAGCCUAUCCUUUAGGGGACAUAUCUGAAGAUCUUGUACCCCAGGUGAAAAAACAGGUGUUUGAAUUUCUGAUCCGUUUGCAUUCUGUGGAGGCUGCACAGGAAGAGGAAGUAUAUCCAUUCAUCCGAACUCUCCUCCAUUUUGACACUCAAGAGUUCCUAAACGUCUUGGCACUGACAUUUGAGGACUUCAAGAAUGACAAAAAGGCUUUGGAGUAUCAACAGAGGAUUGUUGACAUUUUGCUGAAGGUCAUGUUGGACAAUUCUGACUUCACCCCAUCGCAGGUUGGCUGUCUUUUUACUUUCCUGGCACGCCAGCUUGCCAAGCCUGAUAACACCCUCUUUGUUAACCGAAAGCUGUUUGACCAGGUUCUUGAGUUUUUAUGUAGUCCGGAUUAUGACUCUAGACAUACAGAAAGACAGCAGGUACUUCUGGAACUGAUGCAGAUUGGGGGUGUGGUUCAGUUUGAAGAGGGGCAUCUCCUUGACCUUGCAGAAAAGGCAGAGUUUUACCAAGUCUGUGAGUUAAUGUAUGACAGAAAACAUCAUUAUGACAAAGUUGUAGACUGCUACCUUAAAGACUCUUUAAGAAAGGAAGAGCUCUUUACCUACAUACAUUCCUUCCUAUCUAUGUCGGACUACACCUCAGAUGAGAAACAGUCUGUGCGGGUCAAAACACUUCAACACAUCAAGGAUCUGGUCAACAUUAACCCAGUUAAGACAACAGAGCUCAUAGUGGUACACUUUUCAGACAAAGUGCAAUCUAUCGUUACAGAUCUGCAGGAUGAUUAUUUGGUUUUCCAGUUUCUGAUGUGCCUCCUGGACCCCAGCUCCAGAGAGGGUCUGAAUCCUCAGGCUGUGAUGAAAGUUGGACCACAUCUUAAUGAGCUUUUAGUGGACCUGCUUUGUCAGUUCAGCCCUCAGCAAGUCAUCACCUUCCUUAAAAUGUCUAGGGAUUACCGGCUAGAGGAGACAAUACAGAUAACAGAGAAACACAAGCUGCAUGAGGCUACAGCCUAUCUUCUGGAGAAGAAGGGGGACUUACACGGAGCCUUUGAACUGCUGCUACAGACCCUCAAGGAAAAAAUGCAAAAGCUUUUCCUGAAAGGCCCAGCAGCAGAUAAGCCCAGCUUUGAGAAAAACGCUAGUGAAGUCCAGAACCCGUUUCAAAUAGUGGAGGAAGUUCUGAAUGACGUCAUUGCUUUUUGUCAGAGAAGCUCUUACAGCCUCAACCUGCAACAGAGAGAGACUCUUUGGUUUUAUCUACUGGAGGCAAUGAUGUCACCACAGAAACUUCAUAAAAGUCCAGAUGACAGACACAUUUCUAAAAUGCUGAAAGAGCUCACCAUGGACGUUUUAAACAGGAUGUCAAGUUUUAUUGCACCACCUGUUAUCAUUCAACGCAUCCUACAGGAUCCUGUAUAUGGGAAAGGAAAUUUGUCUGAGAUCAAGACUCUCAUAAUAGGAAUGCUGGAUACCUUCAACUAUGAACAGACAUUGUUGGAGACAACCACCAAUCUUUUGAAUACUGAUCUUCACUGGUCUCUGUCACAUCUUCGUAAAGCUGUUAGUAGAGGGCUCUACCCCCGACUGGACCACUGCAAUAUCUGCUUACAGCAUUACAAAAGACCACAGGAAAGUGAAGAGGAGAUUAUUAUUUUCAGCUGCGGUCACUUGUACCACUGCCAGUGUCUUCAGCGUAAAGAGACAUGUGUUUUGGGCAAGAAAAUUUAUUCAUGGAGCUGCUACAAAUGUAUGUCAAGUCAUGGAUCGCAGCAAGCAGACAAACCAAGCUCAGAGACCUCCCAAUCACACUCCAUCUCUCUGGCACAGCUGGCUUUUUUGACAGAACACACUCAUUCUGACAGCAAAGAGGGAGCUGGAUUUUUGAACCCUGCCCAUCCACUAAGAGGAAGUAUUUAUUACAAUGAUAACUCCCAGUUAAAGCUUUCUCCUCCACCAUUGGUGGAAGAGUAGAUGGCUGUGCCUAUCGUUACACAUCUUAAUAAAGCACUACCGUAAAAAACCUGCUUUUUCAUGUUUAUGAUUCUGUAUUUCAGCAUACAUUGCUUUGUUUGUCACCAUAUCAAUCCAGUUGUUUGUGUCAAAUUACUUAAAUCUGUAAGAAUUAUUCAAAGUUGCAUGAAUGCAAAAUAGCUUGUAGUUAUUUAAAUAGCUCAGUGAAAAAUAAAAAGAUACAGUUUACCAACUGUUUAACUAUCAAAUAAAGAGAACUAAUGUG